AUGGAGAUUGAGCAAGACGAAACAUUCAUACCGCAGGUUGAUUCGUCGGUGAAGCCUUCGAUAGGACAGGAAUUUCAAUCGGCGGAAAAGGCUCUUUGUUUCUAUAAUGAGUAUGCUAAAGUUGCAGGAUUUAGCACUAAAAUUAAAAACAGCCGAAAAGAUCCAAAAGCUUGCACGGUUGUGGGAAAAAUGUUUGCUUGCUCUAAAGAAGGGAAGACAAAUUUGUCAUACCGAAAUAAACAAGGCGCAGUGACAGGAACUAAGGAACGGAAACGUGGAGAGACUCGUUGUAACUGCCCAGCUCGAUUGAGUGUUUGGAAAAAAAAUGAAACUUGGGUGGUGAUGCAUUUUGUAGAAAAGCACAAUCAUUCGCUCGCUACUCCUAGGAAGGUUCACUUGUUGAGAUCUCACAGAGGUGUGUCAGCCACAAAAAGAGCACUUGUCCAGGAGUACACGGAGGCAAAUAUCCCUACAUGCAAACAAGUUAGAUUGUUUGAAAUUGAUUCUGGUGGUCCCUCUAUGAUGGGUUGUUUGGAGAAGGAUAUUCGAAAUAAAGAAGCAGCACGUAAAGCCGAACUAAGUGGACAUGAUGCACAAACCUUGAUUCACCAAUUUGAAAUGGAAAAGGAAAAGAAUGAGAAUUUUUAUUUUCUUUAUGAGACAAAUGAGGAUGGUGUUUUCACCAGGUGUUUCUGGGCCGAUAGUGAAUCAAGAAAUUCAUAUGCAGUGUUUGGAAAUGCAGUUGUCUUUGAUACCACAUAUAAUACGAAUAAAUAUGGAUUGAUUUUUGCACCAUUUGUUGGUGUUAAUCAUCAUAGACAGACCACUGUAUUUGGUUGUGCAUUACUCAGCGACGAAAAAGCAGAAUCAUUUGUUUGGUUAUUCUCUAAUUUUAUAAAAGCAAUGGCAGACCAGCCACACCCACAAGUUAUUAUCACCGACCAGGAUGCGGCUAUAUCAAUUGCUGUGGCUGAGGUGUUUCCGAACACUAUGCACCGAUAUUGUAUUUGGCAUAUUCUGAACAAGUUUUCAGAAAAGCUCGGUCCCGUUCUUCAUAAGUUACACUAUCAUACCUUAAGUGGUAUUAUUAAUGACUCUGAAACUCCCAGUGAGUUUGAGUGGAGGUGGAAUUCGUUGAUGAGUGAUUCCCAAUUGAAUGGUAAUGAAUGGUUGUUAAAAAUGUAUGAAAUCCGUCAUCGUUGGGUUCCAGCUUAUGUAAGGGGUGUUUUCGCUGCAGGUAUGUCCAGUAGCCAACGAGUUGAGAGUAAUCACGCAUUUUUCAAAAGGUACUUGGACAGAAAAUGUUCAUUGAAUGACUUUUUCACUCGUUUUAGUAGGGCUAUUGCGCAUCAAAGACAUGAAGAACUGAUGGCUAGUCAUGUUGAUCUAAAUGAAAAGCCUCGGAUCAACACCUCAUUCGCUAUGGAAAAGCAAAUGGCAGAGAUUUAUACAAAGUCUAUAUUUCUGUUAUUCCAGAAAGAGUUCGAAGAAAGUGCGAGCUAUAUAUGCAAAAUGGUCUCAAGUUCAAACGAUUCUCGAGUUUAUGAAGUUUGGAGGUUUGAUAUUGAAGUAAAUACUAAGCGUCAGCGGUAUUUGACAUACGAUGUCCCUGAAGAAUUUAUAGCCUGCAGCUGUAAAAAAUUUGAGUUUGAAGGGUAUCCUUGUCGACACAUGCUAUGUUGGAUGAGGGUUGAACAAGUUAUGUUAGUACCUGAGAAGUACGUGAAGAAAAGGUGGACGAAGAAUGCAAAGAGUAACCUUAUUUAUGAUACACCAUUCGAUUUUGAAGUAGGUGAAUCUUUGCAAGGCAGACGUGGGGCGCUGAUGAAAAUAACGAGAGAGCUCAUCGAUGAUGCAUCGUUGACUGAGGCGAGAAGCAAAUUUCUGAUGGAAAAGCUCAAAGUUUUGAAAUGGGAGGUUGGUGAGAUUGAUGACAAGGAAUGCAUGAGCAAGCGGUUGAGUAAAAGCAAAGACAAAGAGACGAUUUUUGUAUGCGACCCCGAGCCUAUACGAACCAAAGGUUGUGGCAAGCGUCUAAAGUCGAGUAAAGAGAAAGCCUUAUCUCAGAGUGCUCGAUCUUGUAGUUUGUGUGGGCAGAGGGGCCAUGACAAGCGCAAAUGUCCAAGUCAUAGCAUUCACCUUGAAGAUGAUUCAUAUCGUCCAGACAUGUCAAAAGUGACAAAUUCCAGUUGCUCUGAUGUUUAA